CGCGGCGCGGCCGGGCGCGGGCGUGCGGAAUUCGGCGGGUCUGAGCGCCUAUGAGCGUAGGCGUCCGGCUUUGAAAUGCAGCGGGAUUUAGUUAGUUUUCCGCUGUCCCCAGCGGUGCGCGUGAAAAUGGUGUCUGCAGGUUUCCAAACUGCUGAGGAGCUCCUAGAGGUGAAACCCUCCGAGCUCAGCAAAGAAGUUGGGAUAUCUAAAGAGGAAGCCUUAGAAGCUCUGCAAAUUAUAAGAAGAGAGUGUCUCACAGAUAAACCAAGACAUGCUGAGUCAGGCAAGAAAUGUACAGCAUUGGAUCUUCUUGAGCAGGAGCAUACCCAGAACUUUAUAAUUACCUUCUGUUCAGCACUCGAUAAUAUUCUUGGGGGUGGAGUACCCUUAACCAAAACAACAGAAAUUUGUGGUGCACCAGGUGUUGGAAAAACACAGUUAUGUAUGCAGUUGGCAGUAGAUGUGCAGAUACCAGAAUGUUUUGGAGGAGUGGAAGGUGAAGCAGUUUUUAUUGAUACAGAGGGAAGUUUUAUGGUUGAUAGAGUGAUAGACCUUGCGACUGCCUGCAUUCAGCACCUUCAGCUUAUAGCAGGAACAAGUAUGGAAGAGGCACACCCAAAGGCUUUGGAGAAUUUCACUCUUGAAAACAUUCUUUCCCAUAUUUAUUAUUUUCGUUGUCAUGACUACACAGAACUACUGGCACAAGUUUAUCUACUUUCAGAAUUCCUUUCAGAACAUUCAAAGGUUCGAUUAGUGAUAGUGGAUGGUAUUGCUUUUCCUUUUCGUCAUGACUUUGAUGACUUAUCCCUUCGAACUCGAUUACUAAAUGGCCUAGCCCAGCAAAUGAUCAGCCUUGCAAAUAAUCACAGAUUAGCUGUAAUUUUAACUAAUCAGAUGACAACAAAGAUUGAUAAAAAUCAGGCCAUGCUGAUACCUGCAUUGGGGGAAAGUUGGGGACAUGCUGCUACAAUACGGCUGAUCUUUCAUUGGGAUCAAAAGCAAAGGUUGGCAACAUUGUACAAAUCACCAAGCCAGAAGGAAUCUACAGUACCGUUUCAAAUCACAACUCAGGGAUUUAGAGAUGCUGUUGUUGAUACUGCAUGCUCAUUGCAAACAGAAGGUUCAUUGAAUUCCCGGAAACGGUCACGAGAAUCAGGGGAAGAACAGGAAUCCAAAGACUAGUCUCAAAAUUUAAUUCACCAUUGACAUAAGCCUUUAUUGUGCUUCAACUAUCCAUUUGACUCUCAUGUGUAAUAAGAUGUGAGUUUUU